AUGAAAGUACGGUUCCAGAAAAGGAGUCAUGGAGUUCAACAUCAAUCAAAGCUCGACUUGGCAGGUGUGAAAGACGAUAAACGUAGAGAGAAGUUCACCAACACGUUUCGAUCAAUAGGUGUUAGAUUACCUCCUUUGAAAACAGCGAAUGACGCUGGUUCUUUCACUGUAUCAAGCUGCAAAGAAAGCGCUUCCGUGUGCAGUUCUGAACUCCGGGCUGAACGUGCCAGCGCUGCCGGUGGCCUCAGCGGAGAAGAGUCUGAGAAAGAAUUUGCGUUGACAGUCGAAACGUUAUUGUGA